AUUGGAUUCGGUUUGUAGAGCGGACAGCGGCUUGUACAGUGAAGACAGUGAACGAGAUGACGACAUGAAGACCCCUGACCGAUCAACAGACCACAUAUCCGCUUCUGACGACGACUUGUGGUCUCCGAGGGGCGCGCCCUUGAAAGACACCAGGAGCAGGAACGACUCGAACUCCUCCUGCAGCCCGAAGUCCCCAGCGAGUCCCCGGUCGGAGUCGGACCUCCUGACGCCGUCCCUGGGAUCCCCGACGCUGAUGAUCACGGAGGAGGAGGAAGAGGAGUCCUCGUGGGCCGUUCGCGAGGCCAAGAAGGGCGGCGCCUUGACCUCGACCUCGACCGCGAUCAUCGAGGGGCUGGAGAAGGAGGUGCAGUGGAUCCAGGAAUCCCUGGACGCUGCCGAGAAGGAGUGGGAUCAGGAACAAAGCUUGUACUCCAAGGACGACAACGACGCCUAUGGGAAGUCCGGAGUCUUAGACGAGAAGCUGCGGCACGUGGAGGCCGAGAGGGUCCGACUCGCCCUCCUCGAAGAUAAACUGAGGCAUCUCCUUCAGGUGCUGCUGACCUUGGCGGACCUGAACCUCUCGCGCCGAACCCUCGGCCGCCUGAUCCUCGAGGCCGUGGAGGACGCCGCAGGAGCCAAGAUCGGGGAGGUGAGGACCCUCGCGAGCCUCAGGGACAGCGACGUGUCUCCUCUGGCGUUCCUCCCUUCCUUCCUCUCCUCGACGAGCAGCUACCACACGCUAUCCACGGAGACCCUCGUCCACUUGGCGCUUCGGGGUCUCACUCGUCCCCCUCAGAUGCCUCAACUCCCGGACCACUUCGAAGCUACUCUCGGCUAAUCGGCGGCGCUUCGGAGAGAUAAGAGAUAAGACGGCAAUGAGAGAUAUGUAGAUAUGGGUGGAAAGAAGGGAAGAAUGGUGAUUUGAGUGAAAAGGAGAUAUUCUGGAAAAAAUAGACGAUAAUGAGAGUGAUAUGUAGGCAAUAUGGAAAGAAGGAAGGAAUAGUGUAACGAAAAGGAGAUAGUAAAAGAAAGUGAAAGUAAUAUGCAAAAGACUGCCAUACUGUACUUUAUUUUAGGGCAGAAAUAACUUCUAAGAUUUAAAGAAGAAACUCUCAUACCUGCAAUAUUCCAUACUAUAUUUUUUCUUAUAAACUUAGAAUACAUUUGAGUAUUGUCUCAAGAUGUUCAAGAGGUAGUGGUUGUGAACGUGUGUUUAUCUUUUAUUCUCGUUUAGACACACUAAAUAACAAUUCAGGAAUAAUACAGUACUGAAUAAGUAUGUAUUUAAUUAUACGCGCAUUAUUAAGGUAUGGAACGAAGCAUUCCCUCAUACCACAAUAUAGAAAUAAACACACUCAACCGAUCCGUCUAAUAUGUAAAUAAGAGGUUCAGUUCUUCCGGUAUGCUGUUCUCAAACUUUUAACUAAUUUUCCGAAAUGUCUCUAUGCUGCCACUUAGAUUUUUUUCUGGUUGCUUAGAUCUUGUGCAUUUAAUAUAUGUAUGUAUAUAUUUUUUCACAUUUUUUCCUUUUAGAACAUGAUGCUUCACAAAGGGAUUAAUCACAUUACGAGAACUUCAAUCAAUUUAAUAUCAUUCGCCUUUUAAAAUCAUUUUCCAUUUCAUCGAAACGGUAUAUUGUAUCAGGAAGAAAUAAGUUCAGAUUAUAAAUAGGUACAUGAAGAAAAAAAAUAACAAAUCUGUGUCACAUCUGAAUCAGAUUGCAAUAUGAUAAGGUUAUCGCUUUUAUAUCACGAAAUAGUGUAUCUUCAAGCAUUGGUUAUCAUAUCUUCAAUUUGAGACGAUUUAUAUUAUUUCUGUUUAGUAUCAACUCGAGAUACUGAUCAAGAAGUGAUGCCAACCAUUGUAAGAAUCUGCUUCAUCGUAGAGGAGAUGAUGCAAGACUUCAGAAAGCGAUAAGAGCAAUAACGACGACGAUGACAACAACAGCAACGACAACGACAAAACAACGACAACGACAACGACAACGACAACGACAACGACAACGACAACGACAACGACA